AGGAGCUUCUUUAUGACUAUAGUGUGUCUGAUCUACCAUGGAAGGAAAAGAAAGCCAAUGAGUCCAUGUCAACUGCUGACAGUGAAGAGCCAGGCAGUCUGACCCAUGAUAGGAGGGAGCCAAGUGAAGAGCCAGCCAGUCUGACCCACGAUAGGAGGGAGCCAAGUGAAGAGCCAGCCAGUCUGACCCAUGAGUCCAUGUCAACUGCUGACAGUGAAGAGCCAGGCAGUCUGACCCAUGAUAGGAGGGAGCCAAGUGAAGAGCCAGCCAGUCUGACCCAUGAUAGAAGGGAGCCAAGUGAAGAGCCAGCCAGUCUGACCCAUGAGUCCAUGUCAACUGCUGACAGUGAAGAGCCAGGCAGUGUGACCCAUGAUAGGAGGGAGCCAAGUGAAGAGCCAGCCAGUCUGAGCCAUGAUAGAAGGGAGCCAAAUCCUCAAGAGUCCAUGUCAACUGCUGACAGUGAAGAGCCAGGCAGUCUGACCCAUGAUAGGAGGGAGCCAAGUGAAGAGCCAGCCAGUCUGAGCCAUGAUAGGAGGAAGCCAAGUGAAGAGCCAGCCAGUCUGACCCAUGGUAUUUCUGUUAUCAUAGAAUAAAGGCCCACCUAUUGAUGAUAAAGACAUGACCCAACUGUAGACUAUAUAUUCUAGUACAAUUUGUCAGUAGAUUGAUCAUGACUCGCAGAUGACCCCUAUUGAUUUUGAGGUCACUAGGUCAAAGGUCAAGGUCACAGUGACCCGAAAUAGUAAAAUGGUUUCUGGAUGAUAACUCAAGAACGCAUACGCCUAGGAUCAUGAAACUUCAUGGGUAGAUUGAUCAUUACUCGCAGAUGACCCCUAUAGAUUUUGAGGUCAAAGGUCAAGGUCACGGUGACCCGAAAUAGUAAAAUGGUUUCCGGAUGAUAACUCAAGAACGCAUACGGCUAGGAUCAUAAACUUCAUGGGUAGAUUGAUCAUUACUCGCAGAUGACCCCUAUUGAUUUUGAUGUCACUAGGUCAAAGGUCAAGGUCACGGUGACCCGAAAUAGUAAAAUGGUUUUCGGAUGAUAACUCAAGAAAGCAUAUGCCUAGGAUCAUGAAACUUCAUAGGUAGAUUGAUCAUGACUCGCAGAUGACCCCUAUUGAUUUUGAGGUCACAAGGUCAAAGGUCAAGGUCACGGUGACCCGAAAUAGUAAAAUGAUUUUCCGAUGAUAACUCAAGAACGCUUUUGCCUAGGAUCAUGACACUUCAUAAGUACAUCGAUCGUAACUCGCAGAUGACCCCUAUUGAUUUUCAGGUCACUAGGUCAAAGGUCAAGGUCACAGUGACAAAAAACGUAUUCACACAACGGCUGCCACUACAACGGACAGCCCAUAUGGGGGGC